AUGUCAUCAGUUUUAAAGAGUGUUGUAUUUGGUUCUCAAAAACCCUUUUAUGAUAAAGAAUUAGAUCUUAAUAUUGACUUGACCUACAUUACUUCCAAAAUACUUGUUUGCUCGGGUCCUGUUAAUAAUUAUCCAAAUUUGCUUUACAGAAAUUCAAUCAAUGAUAUAGUCAAGUUCCUAAAAUGCCACUAUCAAAAUAAUUGGUUGAUUAUCAACUUAAGAGGUGAAAAUCCUGGUUAUAAUGACACUGAUGUUAAUAAUAAAAUUUUACAUUUUCCCUUUGCUGAUCACCAACCACCCCCUUUUCAUUUAUUACCAAAAAUAGUUCAAUCGGUUAAAAAUUUUUUAAACAAAAGUGAUAAAAAUAUCAUAUUAAUUCAUUGUAAAGCAGGUAAAGGCAGAACCGGCACAAUAGUAUCUUGUAUUUUAAUAUCAAAUCAUAAUUUUUCUUAUUCAAAUUCCUUAAAUCUAUUUACUCAAAAGAGAAUGAGAUCUGGUUUUGGUGAUGGUGUAUCAAUUUUAUCUCAAAGGAGAUAUAUAAAAUAUUAUUAUAAUUAUGUAAAAUCAUCUUCUUUGCCUGAUUAUAUACCAUUUUAUAAUCCAAUCUAUUUCAAAUGUAAUAUUGAAUAUAUCAGAAUAAUAAAACCUUAUUAUGAAAUUGAUAUAUCAAUUUAUGAUUAUGAUCUCAAAAAUACAAAUGAUUAUAAAAAGUUAUAUACUUUUAAUAAUGGAGAGGAUAUUAUACAUAAAUCAAAUGAUUUUGUAACUUAUUCGUUACUAUUUAAGAAAAAUAAAAAUAUUAAAAACGCAAAUUCAAAAUUUAUCAGAAAAAUUGGUCCUGAUAUUAGAUUAUCUCUUGAGCAAAAAUUUAGUUUUAAUAAAAAGAAAUUACUAACAAGUUCAACUUUCUUUUGGUUCAAUACUUUUUUUGAAUCAUUUUAUGAUGCAAGUAAAAAUUUAUGGAAGUUUGAUGAGGAUUUAAUCAAAUCAAAUAAAAUUAAGGGCUCUAUAAAAUUAAAUUGGAAUCAAUUGGAUGGAUAUAAAGGCACUACAACAAAGGGCUUGAAAUUAUUUGAAUCAAUUGAAAUCUAUUGGAAUUUCAAUGACCUAAACUCAUUUUAUAAAGAAUUAAUUAAAAAAAGUAAAGAGCGCAAACCACUAAUUUCAUCCAAUAAUUAA